UGCGCCGUGGGGAGCGGCUGGGGAAGGCUCGCCCGCGGGCCGGCUGCAGUCUCGGGCGAGGAGGAGGAGGCGGCGGCCGCGGCGUCGGUGCCGGCUACGAUGAGGCUCCUGCUGCUUCUCCUGGUGGCGGCGGCGGCGGCGGCCCGCGGCGAGGCCUCUGCCAACCUGGGCGGCGCGCCCAGCAAGCGGUUAAAGAUGCAGUACGCCACGGGGCCGCUGCUCAAGUUCCAGAUAUGUGUAUCCUGAGGGUACAGGCGGGUGUUUGAGGAGUACAUGCGGGUUAUUAGCCAGCGGUAUCCAGACAUCCGAAUUGAAGGAGAGAAUUACCUCCCUCAACCAAUUUAUAGACAUAUAGCAUCUUUCCUGUCAGUCUUCAAACUAGUAUUAAUAGGUUUAAUAAUUGUUGGCAAGGAUCCUUUUGCUUUUUUCGGCAUGCAAGCUCCUAGCAUCUGGCAGUGGGGCCAAGAAAAUAAGGUUUAUGCAUGUAUGAUGGUUUUCUUCUUGAGCAACAUGAUUGAGAACCAGUGUAUGUCAACAGGUGCAUUUGAGAUAACGUUAAAUGAUGUGCCGGUAUGGUCUAAGCUGGAAUCUGGUCAUCUUCCGUCCAUGCAACAACUUGUUCAAAUUCUUGACAAUGAGAUGAAACUCAAUGUGCAUAUGGAUUCAAUCCCACACCAUCGGUCAUAGCCCUACCUGUGGCACUGAAAACUGUUUUACACUAAGGGAUUUUGCAAGAGCAGCGUGACUGACAUUAUGAAGGCCUGUACUGAAGACAGCAAGCUGUUAGUACAGACCAGAUGUUUCUUGGCAGGCUCGUUGUACCUCUUGGAAAACCUCAGUGCAAGAUAGUUUUCCCAUUGCUGGCACAUGCUGAAUUCUGCACAUACAUGGAGUGCAACGAAAUGAUACUGUGUAGCUUCCCCGAACCCACUGUUAAUAGUUUCUUCUUGACGUGGCAUUACUACUUGUAACUCUUUUCUUGGUCAUGUUUGAGAAAGUACAGAAUUGAAUUACAACUUGAGUUUUUUUCAAGAUGUGUGUUAAGCUUGCGUUUUUAUAUGAAUUUUCAUUUUUUUUUUUUUUUACAGUUUAACCUUAGUUUUCUUGGGGAAAAUCCUGAAGUUCCCAAAUAAUUUAUAAAAGUUUAUCAGAUAGCUCUAAUUUGGUUAUGCUUAAUAUAUAGUUUUCAGAACACUGCAGAUUGUGAACAAUAAAUUAUACAGGAUUAUGGGGGGAAAUCCAAUAUCCAAAGUACUCUACUGUGUGAGUGUGUGUGUGUGCGUGUGUGUAUGCGCGCGUGCGCACGUGUGCGUGUGUGUGUGUGAGACAGAGACAGAGGGAGAUUGAUUGAUUGAUUAUCAGGAACAAGAACAACUGCUUUUAGAAUCCUAUUGUGUAGUUCAAAUGUCUUGCCUUGACCAAUCUAAUGAAUCGAUUAAUGGGUCUUUAUACUAAAUAAUAAGAAAAGUGAGCAGGUGAAAGUUUAUUGCUCAGUGUACCUGUUAUCUUUAUUUUUAGUAACAUCUGCCUCAUGUUUUGUUUUUGACUUCAGAUACUCUCAUAAAGGGCAUACUUUACAUUCACACACAAGCGAUGAGCUAACUUACUGUUUAGAACAGUAACUGUUUUUAAAACAGUUGAAACUCACCUCACUAAAGAAAAAUUCAGUGAAACCUCUUUAUAAAGUAUGUAUUAUAUAAACGGAGAUCAUUCGUCUAGUAAUUGAAUUAUCUUACCAUCCUAUAUCAGAAUUCUAUUGUAUUUGGAAGACAAAAUUAAAAAUAUUGUUAAUGUGUUCAUAUUGGUCCAGAGUUCUAAAAAGAAACCUAGAGUUGAUAAAGAUAAUAAGAAUGAUUUGGCAGAACUAGAAACAUAAUGUUGAAUAACAGUUACACAGCAGCCAUCGUAACAGACAGGGAUUACGUGGAAGAGCCAGUUGUAACCCUGGAUUUGUGGGUGAAAGUUAAAGAGCUUAAGGGAAGGGUGUGGUGCCACCCAACUCUUAGAUGUUAAGAGCAGCUUGACUACUGCACAUACCUUGAGUACAUUCGGGCCAUGCCUCUUAGUAUGACAGCUUAAAGUGGGAUCUACUGUGGUCCUCAGGUAACAGAAGAUAGUCUAGUGAUGAACUAAGUGAUGCGAUGUGACCUUUUGGUUAGUGCGGCGGCAGGGCUAGCCCGGGAUCUUCUGGUGAUAGGUGUUGUCAUUUACACUCAAGUUCCUUAGAGGUUAUUAUUUAUGUGUAAAUAUACAUACAUAUAUAUAUAUAUUUUGACUAGGUCUUAAAACUUUGUUAAUGUGAUUGCUUAUCACUCCAGACUCCACAUCUUGUAAAGUUUCGCAUUAGAGGGACCUUUCUUCAAGUAAUGGCAUUCCAUUUGUGACACAGUUUUUGGCACAUAGACAUUCAGAAUUUGGCCAUGGAUGUUCAUGUGUACUUGACAGGUCAAACUAUGAAGAACCUAAAGUCAAAUCCAACUUUCUCCAUGUUUGCCUUAGAUUGAUUUAGAUUGAUUUUGUCUCCUAGUUAAUAGCUUUAACUGUCUUAGACAUCUAGUAAAAUUCAGCUGUUUUAUCCACACUCAUCUGUUUUAUGCUUAUUCAUAUUUAAAUCCAGAAAUUAAUAUUCUACUAAACAGAUAAAUGAGAUGCAUGAAUAUAAAAAUUAUAAGGUAAAGGAGAAAGUAAACUAUAACUUUAUUACUAACAAUUUAAAAUUUAUUAGUUGCUUAUAAAUUGGUAUAGCUGUAUAGUUACAAGAUGUCUGUGCUCUAUAAAUCAGAGGACUGUGGACUUGUCAAAGGCUAGCUAAUUUUCCUGGAGUUUUCAGUUCAGUUGCCAUUGUGGAAGGUCUUUGUGUUCAUGAAAAGGUUGGUAAACAUGGCUUUAGGCCUCAGCGUGUGAGGUUACAGGAACGCCUGCUUUCUGAAUGUGAGUAGCUGGUUAUGGCACUAGCGUUAGAGACAGUUGCUCAGCCUGAACACCUGUGAAAUGUGAUGAGGUCCCGUGAUGGUGCGUCCUUUCUCUAAAGGUUAUUAGUUUGGAAUUUUGAUUGACUGACACAUUCUAUCAUUGUCAUAACUUAAAAUAAUUCAGUUAAAAGGUUUUUUUUAAACAUUUGAUAUUCUAGGGAUUUUCUUUAAAAAAAAAGCAAGUAAAGAAUUGUAAACAUUUGGGACUUCUUUGUGGCAUUGUGAAAAUAAAUAAGCCAACCUGAAAGGAA